AUGGGUCUCCGGGUUCUUUCUCAUAAUGUGAAGGGUCUGAAUAGCCCUCAAAAGAGAGGUUAUUUUUCCAACUACCCAUCUCCCCCAUCAAAUCCAUCUAGCUCUCGUCUUGUCCCAGUCCCAGCCCUAAAGUUCUCUCACAUUGAUGAAGAUGAGGGACGAGAACUCCGGGUGGUGGUGAACACCAAUGACCCCGAUUAUGAGCACAUAUACACAGUGGAUGACUACAAGGAAGGCAUGGAUGAAGAUGGGACGGAGAGCACAGUACUGUCAGAUGACACGACUAUACCAGCAGCACCGAUGGAACACUUGCGGAGUAAGAGAGACACCGCGCAGCCUGAUAUAUGCAGACUGCCCAUGCAGGAGGGUCAGUGCACCAGAUAUACAUUAAAGUGGUAUUAUAAGGAGCUGGUGGGAGAGUGUCGCCCGUUCGUGUACAGCGGCUGUGAUGGAAAUGCCAACCGGUUUGAUGAGAAAGAGGAAUGUGAGCUACACUGUGUACAGAGAACAGCAGAAGACAAACCACCUCAAGAUGGAAGUUAAGACGACGUUCAGAACUAGAGAAAAUGAUGUAUAGUGUAAUAUUUUUGUAAGAUUCACAUACAAGUUUGCAACAACAACAAAAAAAAAAAAAGUUGCAAAUUAUUUGGCACAAAUCUAAUUAUGUUCCUGUGGUAUUACAUCUGGGAAAUAAAUAUAUAUUUUUUUUUUUAAAUGUUGUAAUUACGACAACUCUAACUCGUAUUACAUGGUGCAUAGAUCUGUUUUCUGUAGCAGAGAAUUGGUGCUGUAUUUUACAUUAUUUUUCUACAAAAAGUGAGAAUGUAUCACAGUUGCAGUGUGUUAGACUGAAUACUCACGGUUUCUGAACUAUGGGACUAAUUCAGGUUUUUGAGAUGAGCCCACUGGUCCAGUCCUGCGCUGAUUGACAGGCAGAGGCGUUCGCGUGGCUUUG